AUGGUUGAAUUUCCGUUGUCGGAAGCUCGAGAUAUUCUGGAAGACAACUACAAAAGUGCAAACGAGGCGGUAGCAGUGUACGAAAGAGAAUUGGAAUUUCUCAAGGACCAAAUAACAACGACCGAAGUGAACAUGGCGCGUCUUUAUAAUUAUGGGAUACGAUGCAAACCUGAGCAGUGA